GUUGUUUUUAAAAUAAUUUUUGUCAAAUUGAUAUUUAUGUUAGUUUGUAAAAAUACGUUCAAGUAUUCAAAAUAAUAUUAUAUUGUAGGAAUACCGUAGUACGGAAUAACGUUAGAGUGGUAAACGUCAAACUAUAUCGCAUUUAUAGAAAAAUUUUAAUAUCUUCAAAGAAAUCAAAUUUUGGGUGUUUUCUACUAAAAUGGUUAAAAGUGUAUAUUUAUUAGCCAGUGUAUCAAUAAUCUCAGCAUUAGUUUUAACAGCUAAUGCAUUAAAAUGUUGGCGGUGUUCAUCAGAUGCAACAAAUGGUGCAUUUUGUUCUGAUCCCUUUGACCCGGAAAUAAUUACCGACCAACAAAAAUAUUGGAGCUAUGUAAAUUGUACAUAUCCAUACAACUUUAAUCAGCAAUCAGCAAAUGUCAUCAGACCAGUCUGCAAAAAAUUAGUACAAGAAAUUUAUGGAAAAGUUGUUGUAUCACGUUCUUGUUUUUAUGAGGAUAUAAGUGAAGCGCCAGAGAAGUGUUAUCUCGAUAAUUUUCCAUCUUAUGUAAGAACGAUCUAUUGCCAAACAUGCCCAACAGAUGGUUGUAAUACCGCUCCAAGUGUUGAAUCGUCUCCAAUUUUUGCAUUAAUGUUAAUUCCUAUAGCAAUUGCGAAAAUUUUACUAUUCUAAAAUUAUGAUUUGCAAUAAAAUAAAAUUUACAGCUUAAAGUGAGUAAAGAAAAUAAUUAAAAAUAGUGUAUUCACACAGCAAACUACACAGAUGAUUAUAUAAUUUAGUAUGAGUAUUUGCAAAAGUUAUAGUUCAGUCCACAAAAUAUUAACAUACAAAUUUUGGUAAAUUUCCCAUUUGAAAAUAAAAAAGUGAAGAUUUAUAAUUAAGAAGAAUUUGUUGUAAAUUAACUUUCUUUAUAAUAUUUAAUAUUUUAUGUAUAAUUUUUGCUAAAUUAUGUAUGUAUAAUAUUAUUAUGUAUUAGUUCAAAAGUUUAAAUAAAACGCAGUAGAGUUAAUAUACAGAAAUAAUGUAAUAGUGUGAAAAAAGUGGCAAAGGAGGUUCUUAAAUCCAAAAUCAACAAAUAAUGAACGUCAGUGAUGUGAGCACCGCAAUUUACGAUUACCGGUGUUUUAUUUAAUCGUAUUUCAGUGUCUAAACACAAAUAAAUAAACAUAAUAUUGAGUUUAUUUAUUUAUAAUACAAAAGUUUUUUGUUUAUAUAGUAUUUCCUAUGACAUAAAUCUGUAAACGUUGUAAUAUAAUAAAGACCAAAAAUCAGUUGCUAAUAUUAAAAAUAUUCGAACUGUACAUAUAAAAGCCUAAAAUUAAUUUUCAUUUCUGAUUGCAUUAAUUUUAGCUCAAGUUCCAUUUUUGUUUUAAUUACUUAUUCCAUUUAUCUAAAGUUUAUUUAUAUUGCAUGAUCCUUGUUUGUACUUACAUAUCAGAUAUUUUAGCAUUUAACCUACACAUACACCGUAUUUUUGUGAAAUUUCUUUCAUUUGAACAUUGGAGGCUCUUGGAUGCAGACUUUAAAAUGAAAAAACAUUUCAAGAUUAUUACAUCUACUGCUUAUUUUUUUACAUUUUCAUUCAAUUGCCAUCUUCAUAUAGUCUAAAUCGAAAGGUCAAAAAUAAUUAUUUAAUUCUUGUAUGUUGAUACAUAUAUUAUAUGUAU